AUCAUGUAAUCAAUCAUGUAUGGCGGAUUUUCGUAGUAACGAGGGACGCGUUCCGUUUCGGUUUCUGCUGAUUGAAAUCGACUUACAAAAUCGGGUGACAGAGUGAUCCCCAAAAACUUCACAAUGACAAGCACCGUCACGUGACAGCCUUGUGGUUACUACGACGGUUACCCGCCCUGCAAAAAUGGCAGAAACUGACUCCUACAUAUGGAAGAGCCUGUUUCCGGAGAGCCCGCGCCGCCGGCCGUGCCAUCGCAGCAAGCAGGCCGCGUGCCGCCACGGCGGGCAGAUCUACAUGUACGGCGGGCGGGACGGGAACAGGACGCUGCAGGACUUCUGGCGCUACGACGUCGUCACCAACAUCUGGACGCGGAUGGAGUGCGGCGGGGACGCGCCCCCGCCACUGCACGAACACACGAUGGUCGCACAGAGGGGGUGUCUCUUCAUCUUUGGAGGGGAGCUUGGCUAUGGCAGCUGCGGCGAAACCCCCCUUUGGAUCUAUAGCAUCGCCCGACAGACCUGGGAGAAGCCCGUCAUCGAGUCAGAGGUCAUGACCCCUACAGGCCGUCGAGGUCACACAGCCGUGGCGUGGCGUGGUGGGAUGCAUGUGUACGGAGGCUACGUAGAUUUGAAAGGAUCGUCAAACGAGUUGUGGACGCUUGACUUUGAGACUAGAUGGUGGCACCUGAGCGUAGACGCCCAGGGAGAGAACUCCCCUUCCCCUAGGCACUGGCACUCAGCUGUGGUCUACGAGUCCAACAUGUGGGUGUACGGAGGACUCAACAACCUGCAGCCGCUCAGGGACCUGUGGAGAUGGAACUUUGAAUCGCGGCAAUGGACCCGCAUCAGGGGUCGUCAGAGCCCUGGUUUCCUCCACGGUCACAGCGCGGUCCGCAUGGCCGACAGCAUGAUGGUAUUUGGAGGUGAGGACAGCGAGGGGGAAUAUAGGAACGAGCUCUGGAAGUUCCAUUUCGCCUCGAGCAGCUGGCACACUGCAACGCCAAACCGUAGAAUCACCCCUACCUCAUGCACGCGUCACGUCAUGCUGUCCAUCCCGUCCAACCACAUCGUAGACGACUCCUACCUCCUACCACCACAGGACGGUCUACGCCCCCAGUCUGCCCCUACCCAAGCCCAUCACGAGAGAAUCCAGGAAGGUGGAGGAGCGGGAACCCCCACAAGGCUUCUGAUGGAUCUGUUCACAGUACGGCCCCAUUCCUCCCCGCCUGUUAUCGCUGGCAACGAAAGGAGAAACGCAGAUCGUCCGGUUCACCGCUUCGUAAACAGGAUCCACCCGUCACCAGAUGACGAUACCAAGAGAACCUUGUUUGAUUCAGACGAAGAUGGAGAAGGCGAUACUGAAGAAGUCAUAGAGCAUGAACAGUUGAUCACCGUGGCAACUGAAGAGGAUGCGAGGAUUAACACUUGGGGAGAAGGGAUGGAAAAUGGCAAGUGGGCUGUUCCCAUGACGACCGGCAUACCGAGGGAUCGCAUCCAAAAAGACAUUGAGGGGAUGGAGCUCAGACACUGGGCCGUCACGUCGACAGUUCCGCCCGAGGACGUCGAGCAGGUGGAGGAGAAAGAGUCCAGCAAACUCAUCGUCAACGAGGAAUCUCCCGUCCACGGUCGUCGCGACGACGGGAGAUGGGCAUAUCAAGAUGAGAUGAAGUCCUCCUGUCUGCGACAAAAGGACGGCGAGUGGAUCUUGGAGGAGGUUCUGAGCGAGCCCUCAUCCCCGGUGUCCGUCAUCAGGGUACCAGCAAAAGCAGGGUUUAUACCGAGUGCAAUGUCGGAACCUGGCGUGGAUGCUUCAACUGCUUCGACUUUCCAAGAACUCGAAACGGAGAAUUGUAUAGAGCCUGAUCCUGUGUGCAAUAAUCUUGUAGAGCUGCCCAAGAGUAUCUCAGUUUUAAAUAGUAUUCCAAAUGUUAGACUGAACAAUGGCUGCAACUUCCAUCAUGCUGAACAUGUUUUCAGCGGACUUAGUGAUGCGCACAGUGAUAAGAAUUUUGAUGACACAAUGCGAGAUCUUUCUGUAGGAGUUGCAGAGCUUCCGUCCAUACAAGAGCCAGAAGAGCAAGGAGUUGUACCUGAAAGAAGCAUCAACAGGGGAGAUGUCAUACAUGUAAGGCCGCUAGAUGGAAGAUCUUUUGAAAAUGAUAACAUCGUGAUCACGGAUAGACACGAGCUACUGCCAUCGAAUGAGAAGUCAGUGGCCACUUUUGUCAAUUUGGGGUUUAUGUCUUCGCAUGAAGAUCUACACCAUCCUCAACUUUCACAGGGUAUGGAUUUUCGUUUCCAUCAAUUGGAGCCUUCCAGAACCAUCAUGAAUGGAUCUGUUGGCCAAUCAGAUGUGCCUGUGCCAAAUGACCAAUCAGGCGCAACUUUAUAUCCUGAUAAGGGACAAGUCAGUGAUGCGCUCCACCAAUCACAGCCGCCGGCACUGGUCGUCAAUGGCGCAGUUGACCAAUCAGCUACCUCGUAUCAACCUCAUGCUCACCUAAGCCAGUCACUCUUGCACCAAAGAAAGCGUCAGCUCGCCCAGGUUCAACACCGAGCGCCCCACCAGCGAGUGAUUCACGUUAAGCCCACCAAUCAAAGAGUUUGCCAAAUCACCGUGGAAGAAAUGAACGGACCAAGUAUCCAAUCCAACACAGUAAUCCACCACCGUCAGCAGAACCAAAGACCGUCAGAGUACAGGGGUAGUAGUACAAACGACAGUAGGCCUCGGCUUCACGGCAGAUCUCAGACACUGAACAAUCUUCCAGAUAGAAACAGGACAGUUCUGCAAAGACCACAGACGCUUCAGUUGGCUGAACUGACCUCAGGCCAAAACAGAAAUCUGCUUCUGUGCGAUGAGCAAAAAGAGGACAAAUGGACCUGGCCAAUUUUCCUGUACCUCAUGGGUGGCGAAGAGACUGGCUCCUGCAGUCUGCACCGCAACAACAGCCCAAUGUCUGUGUGGAAGUGCUGCAUCGUGCAAGGAAAACCUUCUGACAGUGAAGUCCAGCACAUUUUAUCACAGUAUUAAAUAUUCUGUCCGAAGUAAAACUUGAACCACUGUGGAAGAACGAAAAGUAAAUGAUUAUGUGCCAAGGUCGAGUGUAAUCUUUAACAUCCUAAACGAAGUGUUUAGACUAUUUUGAAUACUGACGCUUCAAGUCGAGUGUGUAAUGGCUGUUUCCAUACGGAAAAUUCCAUUGACAUGAGUGUUAAUUAGCACAGUGUAGCAGUGAUACAGCACUGCGCUUGGGUACAGCACAAUUCAAACACUGCACAAUGUAAUCUUAAUGGGGUAAGACGAUGUUGUUGCAGAUACGCGAUAACCUGCUGCUGCGAUAAUCCGCCGUCGCGAGACGCCGUUAUCAUGACGAACCGCUGUCAUCCACGAACUGCCAGCAACAAUGUCUUGGAAAUCUUGUAGCAGUUGUGCAAUGGGCGAACACCUGUUUUGCCUAGUAAUAUAUGCAGCGCGCAUUCAAAAGUUUUAGUUCCAAACCAAACUCUCCAAUAAAUUUUUCCAGUAGCAUACAAGAUGCAGCAAGACUUUUGUGCAACUUCAUGACAGCUGUUUUGGAGUAUGCAGUACGCGUGGGAUUGAAAAAGGACCGUAAUUACCUUCAGAAGUAGCGCAUGCGCACUAGUUUCCCCCAUUUUUCGGGGGUUGGGGUGGGGGGAGAUUCUACAAGAUUCCCAAGACGCUGUUACUGGUGGUUCGCGGGUGAUAGCAGUUUAUCGUGAUCACGCCCUCUAUUGCGGCGGCAGUUAUUCCAGUGGUGGGUUAUCACGUAUCUACAACAACAUUGUCCUCUCCCAAGACGAUGGGUAACGCUUACAUAAGUAACAGGUAUGUAGAUUACGAAAAACAAGGAAGUUUGCCAGUUUAGUAUAUCGCUAUUUUUAAAUAACGUUUUCAAAUUUUGACUAAACGUGUGUAGAACAAAGCUUUUGCAAUAUACUGGUGUUGAACAAGAUAUACUGUAUGUAUAUAUAUGAGAUUUUUGAGUGAUUUUGUGCAUUUUUGUGGAUGUUAUAUUUUACUGAUGUUAUAUUUUACUGACGUGUGUGCCAAGGAAAUGUAUAUUUUAUAAAAAA